AUGCGGUGUGUUUAAUAACUAUUGGCUGUGUUUGUGUAGGCUUAUGAGAGCACGUUUGGAGAAGGAAGAGUUUGAGGGGGAGCUGAAGGAGCUUCAGGAUUCACUGAUGUCCAUGAAGAAGCAGAUGCCGGGCUUUGACGAGGCAGACUCUUAUGCAGAGGUAAGCUUCUUCAUGGUCACAAUGUCACAAAGAUAAAGCAUACACACAUUCUUACACAUAGUGCCUUCACAAAGUAUUCACACCCCUAGACUUUUUCCACAUUUUGUUGUGUUACAGCUGGAAUUUAAAAUGGAUUAAAUUGAGAUUUUUUUUGUCACUGGCCUACACACAAUACCCCAUAAUGUCAAAGUGGAAUUAUGUUUUGGGGGAUUUUAAAAAAAGUAAUUAAAAAUGAAAAGCUGAAAUGUCUUGAGUCAAUAAGUAUUCAACCCCAUUGUUAUGGCGAGCCUAAAUAAGUUCAGGAGUAACAUUUUGCUUAACAAGUCACAUAAUAGCUUGCAUGUGCAAUAAUAGUGUUUAACAUGAAUUUUGAAUGACUACCUAAUCUCCACACCCUACACAUACAAUUAUCUGUAAGGUCCCUCAGUCGAGCAGCGAAUUUUAAACACAGAUUCAACCACAAAGACCAGGGAGGUUUGCCUCGCAAAGACCGGCACCUAUUGGUAGAUGAAAAAAUGAAAAAAGCAGACAUUGAAUAUACCUUUGAGCAUGGUAAAGUUAUUAAUUACACUUUGAAUGGUGUAGCAAUACACCCAGUCACUACAAAGAUACAGGCAUCCUUCCUAACUCCGUUGCCGUAGAGGAAGGAAACCGCUCAGGGAUUUCACCAUGAGGCCAAUGGUGACUUUAAAACAGUUAGAGUUUAAUGGCUGUGAUAGGAGAGAACUGAAGAUGGAUCAACAACAUUGUAGUUACUCCACAGUACUAACCUAAUUGACAGAGUGAAAAGAAGGAAGCCUGUACAGAAUAAAAUAUUCCAAAACAUGCAUCCUGUUUGCAACAGGGCACUAAAGUAAUACUGCAAAGCAAUUCACUUUUUGUCCUAAAUACAAAGUGUUAUGUUUGGGGCAAAUCCAAGACAACACAUUACUGAGUACCACUCUCCAUAUUUUCAAGCAUAGUGGUGGCUGCAUCAUGUUAUGGAUAUGCUUGUAAUCAUUAUGGACUGGGGAGUUUUUCAGGAUAAAAAAGAAACGGAAUGGAGCUAAGAAUAGGCAUUCUUAUUGGCAGACUAGAUAGCCUUGGUUUCUCAAAUGACUGCCUCGCCUGGUUCACCAACUACUUCUCAGAGUUCAAUGUGUCAAAUCGGAGGGCCUGUUGUCUGGACCUCUGUCAGUCUCUAUGGGGGUGCCACAUGGUUGAAUUCUCGGGCCGACUCUAUUCUCUGUGUAUAUCAAUGUUGUCGCGCUUGCUGCUGGUGACUCUCAGAUCGACCUCUACGCAGACAACGCCAUUUUGUAUACAUCUGGCCCUUCAUUGGACACUGUGUUAACAAACCUCCAAAUGAGCUUCAAUGCCAUACAACACUCCUUCCGUGGCCUCCAACUGCUCUUAAACGCUAGUAAAACUAAAUGCAUGCUCUUCAAUCGAACGCUGCUUGCACCCGCCCGCCCGACUAGAAUCACUACUCUCGGCGGGUCUGACUUAGAAUAUGUGGACAACUACAAAUACCUAGGUGUCUGGUUAGACCGUAAACUCUCCUUCCAGACUCACAAUAAGUAUCUCCAAUCCAAAAUUAAAUCUAGAAUCAGCUUCCUAUUUCGCAACAAAGCCUCCUUCACUCAUGCUGCCAAACAUGCCCUCGUAAAACUGACUAUCCUACUGAUCCUUGACUUCAGUGAUGUCAUUUACAAAAUAGACUCCAACACUCUACUCAGCAAAUUGGAUGUAGUCUAUCACAGUGCCAUCUGUUUUGUCACCAAAGCCCCAUAUACUACCCACCAUUGUGACCUGUACGCUCUUGUUGGCUGGCCCUCACUACAUUUUCGUCGCCAAACCCACUGGCUCCAGGUCAUCUAUAAAUCACUGCUAGGCAAAUCCCCGCCUUAUCUUAGCUCAUUGGUCACCAUAGCAACACCCACCCGUAGUCUGCGCUCCAGCAGGUAUAUCUCACUGGUCAUCCCCAAAGCCAACAUCUCCCUCACUAACUUUAAGCAUCAGUUGUCAGAGCAGCUUACCGAUCACUGCACCUGUACACAGCCCAUCUGUAAUUAGGCCACCCAACUACCUCAUCCCCAUAUUGUUAUUUAUUUUGCUCAUUUGCACCCCAGUAUCUGUAUUUGCACAUCAUCUUCUGCACAUCUAUCACUCCAGUGUUAAUACUAAAUUAUAAUUAUUUUGCACUAUGGCCUAUUUAUUACCUUACCUCCAUAACUUACUACAUUUGCACACACUGUAUAUAGAUUUUCUAUUUUUCUAUUGUGUUAUUGACUGUACGUUUUUGUUUAUCCCAUAUGUAACUCUGUGUUGUUGUUUUUAUCGCAUUGCUUUGCUUUAUCUUGGCCAGGUCGCAGUUGUAAAUGAGAACUUGUUCUCAACUGGCCUACCUGGUUAAAUAAAAAAUAAAAAUAAAAGGCUAAAUCCUAGAGGAAAACCUGGUUCAGUCUGCUUUCCAACAGACACCGGGAGAUUAAUUCACCUUUCAGCAGGACAAUAACCUGAAACACAUGGCCAAAUCUACACUGGAGUAGCUUACCAAGAACACAGUGAAUGUUCCUGAGUGGCCAAGUUACAAUUUUGACUUAAAUCUACAAGACCUGAAAAUGGUUGUCUAGCAAUGAUCAACAACAACAUUUGACAGAGCUUGAAGACUUUUGAAAGGAAUAAUGGGCAAAUGUUACACAAUCCAGGUGUGGAAAGCUCUUCGAGACUUACCCAGAAAUCGCUACCAAAGGUGCUUCUAUAAAGUAUUGACUCUGGGGUGUGAAUACGUAUGUAAAUGAGACAUUUCUGUAUUUCAUUUUCUAUACAUUUGCUGACAUUUCUAACGUGUUUUCACUUUGACAGCUCCUGAGUGGCGCAGUGGUCUAAGGCACUGCAUCGCAGUGCUAGCUGUGCCACUAGAGAUCCUGGUUCGAAUCCAGACUCUGUCGUAGCCGGCCACGACCGGGAGACCCAUGGGGCGGCGCACAAUUGGCCCAGCGUCGUCCAGGGUAGGGGAGGGAAUGGUCGGCAGGGAUGUAGCUCAGUUGGUAGAGCAUGGCGUUUGCAACGUCAGGGUUGUGGGUUCGAUUCACACGGGGGACCAGUAUGAAAAAUAAAAAAGUAAUGUAUACACUCACUAACUGUAAGUCGCUCUGGAUAAGAGCGUCUGCUAAAUGACUAAAAUGUAAAUGUCAUUAUGGGGUAUUGUGUGUAGAUGGGUGAGACAUAUAUUUAAUCAAUUUUGAAUUCAGGCUGUAACACAACAAAAUGUGGAAUAAGUCAAGGGGUAUGAAUACUUUGUGAAGGCACUGUACACAAUUAAAUACACCCACAAUCUCACUAAUUCUGUCCUACACACACACACACACACACACACACGCGCAAAAGGCAGUUGCACACAUUCUGUUCCUCAUCCUCUUUAUUCAUCUUGGUCACGAUUUGCUUUUUUCCAAGGAUCUUCAGCGUUGUCUUGGCGAUAUCAAGCAGGCUCGCACAGAGCUCGACAGACAAAAGGUUGAGCUAAACAAGAAGGAGGAGGAGCUUCAAGCCCUAAGGAGGGCUAGCCAAGUGCGGGAGUCUGAACUGAGGUCAGAGAUUGACAGGCUGAAGGACCAAUCACGGCAGGAGAAAGAUGAGCUCGAGAUGGCACUUGAGAAGGCAAAGCAGGUGAGGUGUCAUCAACUUGAAACAACUAAACUUUGACUGAGUGUGGGAUGGAUCAUGGAUGUGAAGUUUCUCUUUUACCUCUCUCGCGUGCUCUCUAGUCGUCAGGUGGGUCCUCACCAUUGGAUCAGGGGAGUCUGGAGCUUCAGGAAGCCAACACAAGGCUAAGAGAGAGACUGACUCGCAUGGUAAAAUACACAUACCAAAGCCGCAACAUGCAUGCAUAGCUAUCGAAAAACACACAGGAGUAACACUGCAAACAUACGCUACACCUCUAGGCACAUAUGCAAUUGAGAGACUUUUAUAUCUUUAGAAAAGGACACAUAAUUACUACACAGUAAUGCAUGGAGUCACAUAAACUCUCUGAUCUGUUAUUACGUAUCUGUUAUUAAUAUCACAUACUAUAUAAGGUAUACCUAAAUACACAUACUCCUAAAUAAAAAUAUGGUAUUUUUCUGUUCCACAGACGAGGCUUCACUCCAGCGUGCCCCAGAGCUCGGAGGCUGAGCAGGCCCUGGAAGAUGAGAACCGCUCCCUGAGGUGCCAGCUGGAGGAAGCCAGGCGAGGAGCCUCCCGUCUGGGCAAGGACAGGGACGAGCUGGGCCAACGGCUGGAGGAGAGAGAUCUGGAGAGAGACGCGCUGCGCAGGGGCAAGAGUGACCUGGAGGAGCAGAAGAGACUGCUAGACCGGGCCCUGGAGAAGAUUAGCAAGGAGGUGUGUGUGGUGCGUGCGGCUGCGGCUUUGCGUAUGUGCGUGCAUCUGCUUUUUUAUGUAUUUUAUUCUACUGCCCUGGUAUGGAUUUUGGAUUGCUUUAAAGCUGAAUUAACAAAGAUCACCCCAUCCUUCUCAUCCAUCCCCUUUCCACCCAACCCUUCUCCUCUACCCGUCAGAUGGAGGUGAUGCUGGGGGACUCCCGUCAGUCGGUGCAGGCCCUGCAGAGCCAGAUGGAUGAGUACAGGGAGCGCUCCAGGAGAGACCUACAGGAUGCCCAGCGGCAGGGCAAAGACCGACUGGCUGAACUGCAGAGGGCCCAGGCCAACCUGAAGACACUGCAGGAAGAGGUGAGUGAGUGUGUGGACUGGCUGAACUGUAGAGGGCCCAGGCCAACCUGAAGAAACUGCAGGAAAAGGUGAGGGAGGGAAAGGAAAGGACAGAAAGAUGGUGUUCAGGUACAGAGAAAGAAGGGAGGAGUGAGAUCAGUGGAGAGAAAGAUAGUUUACAGGUGUACUGUAGAGCGAGAAAGGAGUAAAAGGAUUGAGGGAAGAGAAGGAAGAAAAUUAAAAGAUACGGUAUGAAGUGAGACACAGUUAAUGAGACAAACUUGAGGCGAUCCUUGCAUGACUUUCAAUAUAUUGGGGAUAUUAUGUCCCCUUUCCAAAUAUCAAACCACUGACUCCAUCCCCCUGUUCCGUGGUCCAGGUGUCUCGUUUGAAGAAAGAGCUGCUGGUGUGUGGUGAGGAGAGGGACAGCGCCCAGCUGGAGAGAGACCUGCUCAGCAGCCGCCUCAAACAUCUGGAGAGCGAACUGGACUCCGAGAGGAGCGCUCAGACGGACCGCAACAGAGAGCUCAGAGGCCUGGAGGUGAGUGGUCAAAGGUCAUGACCUUUAAAUGUCAAAGAUUUUGGGGUGAAUUAUAGGUGUGGAAAUACUGUGUGUGAGAACUUGAGGUUAGAGGUCAAGGGUUCUUCUGAGAUCUUUGGGAAUUGUAUAUGAAAGACUUCUUGCAUUGGGAUAUCAGGAUGGAGUAUAUGAUAUUGGGAGGAGAGGAUAGGUUGAAAAGACAUGGUCAAACUCAUUUGUUUACAACAUGGAUGGAUGUGUGUUUGUGUGUCAGGACAAAGUGAAGACGAUGGAAAUUGAAUUGGAUGAGGAGAAGAGCAGCGUGGAGCUUCUCAAUGAUCGUGUUGCACGCAGUCGAGAACAGGUACUGUACUUCAAUAGACACACACACACACUUGAAUACGCACAAGCAGGGACUGAUUUCCAUACAGACUAAGUCUCUCAGAAUGUUUGCGUAUUCUCUCCUCCUCCUCCUCCUUUCUCUCUCAGAUUGACCAGCUGCGUGGAGACCUGAUGAAGGAGCGCUCAACCGUACACGACCUAGAAAUGGACAAGAGUGUCCUGGAGAGACAGGUACAGACUUCACUUUUCAUAUCCUAACAUUUAUUGAACAGAAAAUGCCUAAUUCUAAGAGUAUGUCAUCACCCUCAAAAUAGUUUUUGCUCAAACAUAUCUUGAUAUGCCAACUCUCUCUCCUCAGGUGAAGGAGUUGAGGUCCCGUGUGGCAGACAUGGAGACACAGUCCCGUCCCUCCGCUGGAAUCACUUUGUUAGAGGUCAAAAUACAGGAGCUGGAGGAGAGGCUACACAGUGAAGAGAGGUGUGUGUGUGUGUACACGCACACACUAAGUAUAGUAACUGCUCAAGUACUCUGGACACUACAUCAAGUACUAACAUGCCAAGCACCAUAAUAUUGACUAGCAGUAGUCCUGGCUUUGUGGAUACUAUGGUUAAUCUGAAUAGUAUGAAUAUUGUGUGUAAUGAUAUGUCUCCAUGUUCAGAGAGAAGCUGAGUAUCCAGGCCUCCCAGAGGAGAGUAGAGAGGAAGCUGAAGGACAUAAUCGUCACUCUGGACCAGGAGAGGAACCAGCACGCUGAGCAACGAGACCAGGUAGAUGUUAAUAGAUACUGGUGGUCCUCUGUAGCUCAGUUGGUAGAGAAUGGCAUUUGCAACGCCAGGAUUGUGGUUUCGAUUCCCGGGACCACCAGUACGUAAAGUGUAUACAUGCAUAACUUUAAGUUGCUUUGGAUAAAAGAGUCUGCUAAAUGGCAUAUAUUAUUAUUUUAUACCAUGGCAUUGUUGAAUACUUGUUUCUGAUUGGCUUGAAGGGCAUUCUAAAGCGUGCAUUUGUUCCCUAUAACACACAGUAAAAUGCAAUGGCUAUAGUACUUACAUGUUCUAUGUUUGAGCUGCUUUUGAAAGCAAAAGUCGAAUUGAAAACAUUAUUAUCGUUGUUGAAUUCGAUUUUCAGCACCUUUACACUGAUGACUAUUUUGGUGGGAUAUUAACACAGCAGAAAUUGUGUUUUCAAUGCAGUACAUAGUUUGAAUUCUUGGCAAGCUUCUUCACAUGCACAUACGUGUUCACACACACGCACUCUACCUUCUGAUACAUGCUACUCUCAAACCAAAAAGUGGCAAACGUAUUGGUCACGUAUGUUUAACGGUUGAGUUAUUUUCUGUACAAUGUUGUUGUAUCUACUUGGGCAUGUUAAGCUGUACUUUAUCAUACUGUGGCUUCAAGUGGUAGCUGCAGGUGCUCACAUCCACCUUACUUUGGUUUUGGUAUUCUUUGUGGUUAUUUUUACUUUGUACUGUGACAAAGGGCUGUAUACUUUUCUGGGGCUUACACUUUCCUACUCUUCCUGCUGUAUACAUCAGAUAUUUAUGACAAUCAGCUUCAUGUACAAUGGUUUGAGAGGAACCAGCACGCUGAGCAACUAGACCAGGUACUUGUUAAUGGAUACUGGUGGUCCUCUGUAGCUCAGUUGGUAGAGCAUGGCGCUUGCAACGCCAGGAUAGUGGGUUUGAUUCCUUGGACACCAUUACGUAAAAUGUAUACACCUGUGACUAAGUUGCUUUGGAUAAAAGUGUCUGCUAAAUGGCAUUUAUUAUUAUUAUUUUAUACCAUGGCAUUGUUGAAUACUUGUUUCUGAUUGGCUUGAAGGGCAUUCUUGAGCGUGCAUUAUUUCCCUAUAACGCACAGUAUAUUUGCACGUAGAAUUCAAUGGCUAUAGUUCUUACAUGUUCUACUAUAUGUUUGAGCUGCUUUUGAAAGCUAGCGCGUCAUGGAGCACACCUUCCACGUCGUUCAUUAUUUUCCAGAGUACGCAUAACCCCUCGUUGAUUAUCUCUUACAUAUGAAUGUACUGUGUACAGUAUGCAUACUAUAACAUGAAAAUGAAUGUAAUGACAGAGAAUUAGGUGGUUUUUGGUGGAAAUUCAUAUUGUUUCCUCACACUGUACAACUACACACUUCACUACCAUAAAUACUUCAAGUCAAGCAAGCACACAUUUUCCUCAGGACAUUGCCUUUUCUAUGCAUUUAAUAGCUGACUUGCUGUGUCCUGCUGACCUUUUACCUUUCCUUGCUCCCUUGUGCUCCUGUGUGACAGUAUCCUGACAUCUAGGUGCUACAGUAUCCUAACCCCCUGUCCCCCUCUUUGUCCCCAGCUGUCCCUGCGUGUGAAGGCCCUGAAGCGUCAGCUGGACGAGAGCGAGGGCGAGGUGGAACGACUGGAGGGGGUCCGCAGGAAGUCUCUUAGGGACCUGGAGGAGCAGCAGGAGCUGCAGGAGGCACUGCAAGCCAAAGUCACAGCACUGGAGUCUGAGAAGUGAGUUCCCUGAUAUACAGUACCUGUCAAUCAAAAGUUUGGACACACCUACUCAUUCAAGGGUUUUUCUUUAUUUUUACUAUUUUCUACAUUGUAGAAUAAUAGUGAAGAGAUCAAAACUUUGAAAUAGCACAUAUGGAAUCAUGUAGUAACCAAAAAAGUGUUAAACAAAUAUAUUUUCGAUUCUUCAAAGUAGCCACCCUUUGCCUUGAUGACAGCUUUGCACACUCUUGGCAUUCUCUCAACCAGCUUCACCUGGAAUGCUUUUCCAACAGUCUUGAAGGAGUUCCCACAUAUUCUGAGCACUUGUUGGCUGCUUUUCCUUCACGCUGCAGAAUGCUGUGGUAGCCAUGCUGGUUAAGUGUGCCUUGAAUUCUAAAUAAAUCACAGACGGUGUCACCAGCAAAGCACCGCCACACCAUCACACCUCCUCCUCCAUGCUUCAUGGUGGGAACCACACAUGCAGAGAUCAUCCGUUCACCUACUCUGUGUCUCACAAAGACACGGCGGUUGGAACCAAAGAUCUCAAAUUUGGACUCAUCAGACCAAAGGACAGAUUUCCACCGAUCUAAUGUCCAUUGCUUGUGUUUCUUGGCCCAAGCAAGUCUCUUUUUCUUAUUGGUGUCCUUUAGUAGUGGUGUCUUUGCAGCAAUUCGACCAUGAAGACCUGAUUCACGCAGUCUCCUCUGAACAGUUGAUGUUGAGAUGUAUCUGUGACUUUAACUCUGUGAAGCAUUUAUUUGGGCUGCAAUUUCUGAGGCUGAUAACUCUAAUGAACUUAUCCUCUGCAGCAGAGGUAACUCUGGGUCUUCCUUUCCUGUGGCGGUCCUCAUGAGAGCCAGUUUCAUCAUAGCUCUUGAUGGUUUUUGCGACUACACUUGAAGAAACUUUAAAAGUCAUUGAAAUUGUCCAUAUUGACUGACCUUGUCUUAAAGUAAUGAUGGACUGUCGUUUCUCUUUGCUUAUUUGAGCUGUUCUUGCAUUAAUAUGGUCUUUUACCAAAUAGGGCUAUCUUCUGUAUACCACCCCUACCUUGUCACAACACAACUGAUUGGCUCAAAAGCAUUAAGAAGGAAAGAAAUUCCUGUUAAUUGAUAUCCAUUACAGGUGACUACCUCCAUGAAGCUGAUUGAGAGAAUGCCAAGAGUGUGCAAAGCUGUCAAGGCAAAGGGUGGCUACAUUGAAGAAUCUCAAAUAUAAAAUAUAUUUUGAUUUGUUUAACACUUUUUUGGUAACUACAUGAUUCCAUAUGUGUUAUUUCAUAGUUUUGAUGUCUUCACUAUUAUUCUACAAUGUAGAAAAUAGUGAAAAUAAAGAAAAACCCUGGAAUGAGUAGGUGUGUCCAAACUUUGGACUGGUAAUGUUAUAUAUAUAACACACGCGCACACAAACAUAACAUAUUCCCUAGUAUCUGCAGGCAAAAGUCAGAGCACUGGAGAUUGAACUAAAGUGAGUUCCCCCUCUGACAAAUAUCUAUCUACAGUACAUACUAGCAGUAUACACCAAAUAUAUUCUCUAGUAUCCCACGCCCUCUAUAUGACUGUUCUGUACAGAGUUGCAUCUUGUCAUACCAGUUAUACCAGAUAUGGUUAUGUAUUAUAAACCACACUCCUGUAAACAGACACCUUCACCAGUGUUGUCAAACCCCUCAGUACCAGCAGGUGGUGCUUCAAUAUCACUCAGCACACUGCUCAAACCUGCUAAAAUGUAGAAAUACCUAUUUCUUGUUUUAGUCCUCUAUUGAAAUGCAUUAGCAGACAUUGGAAUGGUUCAGGGAACAACAACAAAACACUGAAAUACCAGUACGUUCAGUAGGAACUGUGUGUGCCUUUUAGUAACAACUACAGUCAAUGAGGUGAUGACAACCAUGUCUUGUUUCCUCUCUCAGGCGGAAGGUGUAUCAGACGCGUCGACCCGUCCUGGGCUCCUCCAACCUCAGCUCCGAGGACGAGGACGGUUUUUACGACAACAACAUCACCUCCAUCCUCACUGAGGGACAAUUACAUACCACCAACUGCUAG